AUGUCCAAGGCUCAAUUCUUGCGCGAGUACAAGCUGGUAGUUGUCGGCGGUGGUGGUGUUGGUAAAUCAGCAUUGACCAUCCAGUUCAUCCAGUCCCAUUUCGUCGAUGAGUAUGAUCCAACGAUUGAGGACUCAUACAGAAAACAAUGUAUAAUCGAUGAAGAGGUGGCUUUACUCGAUGUGCUUGAUACUGCAGGACAGGAGGAGUAUGGUGCGAUGAGAGAACAAUAUAUGAGAACUGGCGAGGGCUUCCUCUUGGUCUAUUCAAUCACCUCGCGGAGUUCGUUCGAGGAGGUGUCAACUUUCCAUCAACAGAUCUUGAGAGUGAAAGACAAGGAUUAUUUCCCUGUCGUCGUAGUAGCCAACAAGUGUGAUCUGGAGUAUGAGCGACAAGUGCAACCACAUGAGGGUCGAGAUCUCGCUAAGAGAUUCAACGCACAAUGUAUCGAGACUUCAGCCAAGCAACGUGUAAAUGUGGAUGAAGCUUUCAUUGCUGUUGUCAGAGCUAUCAGGAGGUAUCAGAAGGAAUCUGGUCCACCCCAAGCGACUAGUGCACCUGGUAAAUCAGCUGCUGGCGGAGUAGGCGGUCGUGCCGAUCAGAAAGAUGAUCAAGUAGAUAAAGGCUGUUGUGGGGGAUGUGUCGUACUUUAG